GCAAGACAAGAAAAAUAAGGUUAGGAGACUGCCAUAGCUGACUCUAGGGGCUGGACUUGACAAAGGAAACAAGAGGGAACCCCACCUAGUCAAUUUUCGCACAUAAGAGUGGUGCUGGUUGUCUCCCUUCAUGAGUGAUGUUAUACUCGGCCAAAUGAGGUGUAUAAGGUGUCCUUGGAUAGAUUUUGAAGUCUAUUUUUAUAAUUGAGUGGUCUCAGUUCGAGAGGAGAGAGUAAUCAUCCAAAAAUCGAUCUGGAACGAGCAGUGGUCUGUGAACUCGAGCUGUGAGAGUGCUGAGACUGUUUGGUUGAUAUCUCGAGUUUUACCAAUCCAAUUAAGGCGUGUGAGAUACCAAAAGAAAACUCUCAAGACGAGGAAUCCGUGAAGGUCUGGUUUGCAUCAAUAGGAGUAGAGGAAGGCUUCCAAAUCGUCCGAGCAGAACGCGACCUCGCAGGGACGGAUUUACACUUCUAAGAAUCGAGUUAGCCGGAAAACACCCGUUCUAGGGGCUGUUUUCGUAUCAACGAUUAGGGGUUGAAAUAGCAACUUGAGGAGGCUGUUUAGCACCCAUUUCUAAGCAAGGAAUCAGUUCUCAAGCUUCCUUGGCCGAGGCUUUAGCCAUUGGAUCGAGAAGGAAGGUUUUAAAGCUCAUUUGAGGUUGAGGCUAGAGCUUGCUUCCUGUGCUCGUUGCUCGAGAGAUCAUCUAGGAGGGAAGACUUGAAAUGGACCGUGGUGGCAGGAUUACUAGGAGAAACCCGACGGGCCGUGUACCAGUGGAGACUGGACAGGGCAGUCGAAGGACCUCUAAGGCAUCUAGAGGAGCUGGCCGUGGAGGCCGAUCACAGACCGUGAGUGACGGUCAUGUUGACACAGAAAGUGAAACCCACUGGUCCUAUGAGGACUCGACUUACCAACCGGAGACCGAGCCGGUUGAGACCCCUUACGAAGGGGAUGACGAUGAUAUAAGUGAUGAAGAAGGGGAGAAUGACUCCCUAGCCAGAAUUGAGGCGCUGCUCCAGCAAUACCAGCGGGAGCGCGAGGGAAGGAGGGAACGCCGAAGGCGCCGAGGAGGGCGAACUUCGGGUGGGGCUUCAAGAGGAAGAAGCCAUGGCGACUCUAGGGCCCACAUUGAACCACAUGGGGGCCGGGGUGAUGGAGGUCCGAUCAUAAGGAUCUCCAAAUACCUCAAGGAGGCACGAGACUUGGGGUGCAAACCCUUCAACGGAGCGGGUGACAUCUCGGUCGCCGCGGAAUGGAUCAAGAGGCUGAACGAAGCAGCCCUUGAUAUGCAACUCACCCCCGAGUUUAAGCUAAGGGUGGCGGUGAGGUUGCUCGAAGGGAUGGCAUCCACAUGGUGGGACGGAGCCAAGGGAAAGUAUGGCAACACGGUGACUUGAGAGAAUUUCCGACAGGAGUUCUUUGCCCAAUAUUAUUCUGAUUUUGAGGUGAACGCCAAGAGGUGAGAGUAUACCCUCCUGACCCAAGGGGGCAAAAUGACGGUGAGGCAACUUGAACACAAAUUCAGGGAGCUCGCGGAGUUCAUACCGGAGUAUGUGUGUGACGAGAACCGGAUGGUAAAUCACUUCUGGGAUGCCUUAGACCUGGAGGUGCGUGAGAGGGCAAGACAGUUGCCUAACAUGACUUUUAGCCAAGUGGUCGAGCAAGGGUUAAAAGGAGAGAAAGAAUGGGAGGAAAGAAAGUUGAAGAACGCCGAAGAGGCAAAGAAGAGGAAGUGGGAGAACCAUGGACAUCAAGGUCCAAGCAAAAAGGGGAACCAUGGGGGAGGGGGAUCUUUUCGGACACCCCCACUGCCACCUAGGGGAAGUCAUGGCCCGGGCGGGCAAUCACAAGCCUCGGGGGUGACUCGUUGCAAGAAUUGCAAGAGGAACCACCCGGGGAAAUGUCGUGACCCUCCUAGAUGCUACCAAUGCGGGAGCACGGGUCACAUGAAGAUGAGCUGCCCACAACUGGGCGGGACGAGGGCAUCAGGGCCAAGUAGUGGUAAUACCGGGACACGGAAUCAAGCCGGGACUUCACAAGCGUCCAGGGGGCAAGGGGGAGCAAGCGCAAGCUGACGAGCACUUUGUCACGGUUGAGGCUAGAGCUUGCUUCCUGUGCUCGUUGCUCGAGAGAUCAUCUAGGAGGGAAGACUUGGUUCGUGCUUCCUCCAUUCGUUUUUUUAAACAUUAACAAACAUGCUCAUGAAUAUUUUACUAUAGAGCCUGCGUGCUCAUGUUAGCCACGUGUGGCAUUUGUUUUCAAACUAUGUUUUCCGCUACGUAUUCGAUUGCUUAUUAUGUUGUUUAUGGAUGGC